AUGGCUACCAGACAGGAUAAUAUUAUUAGAGGCAAACAACGCAACCGAAAUACUGAAAAUCGUGGUUCUGACGUAAAGGUUAAAGUUCAAAAAAGGGGUAAAAAAAAAACUAAAAUUGCUACUCAACAUAACAAUCUAAAAAAGAGAAGGAUCCCCGUGAAACGAGGAAAUGAUGAAACUGCUGAAACACUCAAUUUUCCAAAGGAAAAGGUCAAUUGGAACACACACAUUGAUAUUAUAUUUGCUUUUGACAACCUAAGUGUUAUUUCCGAACAAUCUCGAUCAUCAGAUUUUUCAGAUACAUCUGAUAGUGAAUGUUCGGAUGCCUCUGAAGAGGAAGGUACACUAAAGCGGAAGAGGUUGAAGAAGCUACUUCAAUGCAAUAUAUUGCCUGAAGCUGCUGAAAAGUACAAAAGGGACUAUAAGUUACACGAGUUGACUGUUUCUUCCAGGGUUAUGGCAAAUGAAGUUGUUGGCCGUGAACUAUCCGUUAAAGUCACAGACGAUAUGAUGUUAUCAAGUGGAAAAUUGGUAUUAUUACUCGACCUGGAUAAUACACUGCUACAUGCUAUAUCACAGUCUAAAUUGGAUUACGAGUUGAAAUUGAAUGAUUAUGUGGAUGACUUGGGCGAUCCAGAAUUGUAUACAUUUACGUUACCCAGUUAUGCUGAUGUUUCAUAUUAUUUGAAGUUACGUCCCCGCUUGCGCGAAUUCUUGCACAUUUUAUCGUUCUACUACGAAAUGUCUAUAUACACUAAUGCAACAAGAGAAUAUGCAGAUGUUGUUAUAGCUAUAUUGGAUCCAGAUAGGAGUUUAUUUAUGGAUAGAAUUAUUGCUCGAGGCGGUGGUAAUGAUAGAGGUCUAACCAAAUCUGCUAGACGCCUCUAUCCGAAAUUAUCACAACGAUUUGUGGUAUCGUUUGAUGAUCGCCGUGAUGUUUGGACGGAUAUCGAUCCUAAUCAGGUUCUCAAAGCCCAUCAUUACUCUUAUUUUAUGGAAAAUUUACCACAAAACAUUGGAAAAUUUAAAACUGACAUUCCUGCCAUGCCUAAUAGUACAUCAAAAACUUCACUUGAUGGUAAAAGUCAAAUUAACGGUUUGACCCUUGAUCUAUCACAGUCAGGUGCAAUUAAUGACUCUUCCAGUGUUGGAUGUAAUUCUAGCGUCAAUAACCCACUUCAAGACUUUGAUAUGCACUUGAUGUACAUGACCAAAGUCUUUCUAGAGCUUCACAAGAGAUUCUACAGCAAUCCGCUCAAGGCAAACGUUGGAACUAUAUUAGCGGAGAUGCAGAAGGAGACACUUAGCGGUGUUGGCAUCUUUUUCACUGGAUUUAGGAAGAAUGUUAAGAAUGCAGUAUCAGGUUGGACUGAUUGUGAAGUUAGACAGAAGGAAAUGGCUUUGGAGUUUGGUGCUCACGUAGUGGAUAAAUUGGUUGAUAAGAAAACGACCCAUGUUGUGGCUGCGAAGAAUUGUACUGACAAUUUGAUUAAGAGUAGAGAGCCAGAUUUUGAUCACUUGCACAAAGUACACUUUUUGUGGUUAUACAGUUGCAGAGCUACAUGGCAAAAUGUAUCGUGCGACAAAUUUGAUGUGGACACAGUCUGUAAUAUUUAUUCUAAUACCCCACCAUUAUAUCCUGGCAGGGACCAUUGGAAGUGUCUAUACGAUAAAGACAUUCAUGGAUCUCUAGCGCCAUUAACACCUGCAACGAUUACAAAGGUCACUGCGGCUAACAAUAAGAAGAGAGACUCCAAUACCAGUCUACCCCUUAGGGUAUUCCUCGGCACUGGGCAGUACAGUCAUGAUACGGUUAUUGUAUCGCCAGUUGAAAAAAUACUUAUUAAAUGGGACCCUAAUGCCACCAAACCCAGGCAAUUUGAAAGGGGUGCCGAUAUGGAAUCGGGAGACUCAAUGUCAGCCGUCGGCGAAUCUACGCCUUAUUGCGAUGCAACAUCGUUCCCCGAUCCAUUGCUAUCCGAACUUUACAGUUAA